AUGUUAAAACUAUUUACGCAACCCAUACCAUGUGAUGAACACUUGCAUACACGUGUCAUUAAUGGUGAUACAUCAGUUGUGGAUGUCACUACAGAAGCGGCAGAAGAAACAGUAACUGGAUCUGAAGAUACAGACUCUGUAGAAAAACCAGAAGAUUCUGAAGAUACAACUGCAGACUCUGGUACUGGAGAUACAGAUGAAUCGCAAGAUAUCCAACCACCCACUAGUGACGGAGAGGAUACUCCCAUUGAUGAGGGUCAUGUCGAUAGUUCAGGAUUGCGCAUUAAAAUGGUCUCACAGCUGAGGCAAUUUGAUGCUGGUGUCAUGGAAUUGGGACUUGAGUACACAGAUAAAAUGGCCAUACCCCCUGGACAGGUAGCAUUUCCAUUAAGUGGUUAUUGUAUUGCAGAAUGUACGGAAUUGGCAUUUCCUCCCUCUGGCAUUGUAGUUUUUGGCUCACAAUUACACACACAUUUACGUGGUGUACGGGUAUUGACGCGACAUUUUCGUGGCUCAGAAGAAUUACGUGAAUUGAACCGUGAUGAUUAUUAUUCGCAUCAUUUUCAGGAGAUGAGAAAUUUGCAUUAUAAACCACGUGUUUUACCGAUUUUCCUCAUUGUCACCUUAAGUAGUUUAUAA